AUGUCUGCUCCCACCCGGUCGCCCUCUCUUUACCAAAUCCUCCCCAAGAUGGGGCUCCGUUGGAAUUACCACCACGGCCGAAACAUCCUGCGGCCUGAGCGCCGUGAUGUUGUUGGUGUCGCGGUUCUGCAGGUGCUCGUUGAGCGGGUACAUCCCAACAUGAGGAUGACCUCGAGCCCCGCCAAGCAGGAGGUUGAGCGUCUGCUUGUCGACAUAGUCGACACAUCCACGCGCCUUGUGCGCAACAACACGGCGAUGCUCGACCCAGUCGAUUUCAUGGCCGGCAUCGGCAUGACUGGCGUCGGCGAGGACGGUUUCGACAUCUGGGACUGGGAGGAUGAGUCCUUCCUCGAACAGGCUCGUGUGGGCACCGAGCUUGGGGAGCUCCUCAACCCCCGUAUUUUUCAGGCCCUUUUUAUGGCUAUCAUUGAGGCGCGGCAGCGUUUCCGCAGCUUUGCUGCAGAGCACCUUCGCGCGGAGAUCCCUCAUCGCUGCUGUCCUCUGGCGGCUGCAGUUGACAGAUUUCUGGAGGCUGCUGUGUUCUGGGAUGUUACCAGCAUGCCGAUUCAGUUUUCAAUCUAG